UAUGCAAUAAACUGACGCUCCUCUAUGCCCUCAUACACACUCAAGGGGAGACAAAGAGAAAGAGAAGAAGAGACAGUAGAGAACCCCUACAGGGAUCAGAGAGCAUAAUCCUGAUUGAAUUUCCGGGCCCAGUUUGGGUGUGGCUUGUGGAUGGGCGUGGCCACAGUUCAGCUCUGGCAGACCAUAAAAGCGCAUCAACUGUGCAACAAGGCACCUGUCCCAGUGACGUCCCUGAACGACUGAGGCAGUCAGAGGUGACUCUUGGUGACCAAGAGACAUGGCUGAAACGGAAUUUCGAAAGUUGGAAUCCGUGUGUGCUGAUGCCCUCGGCACUUCUCCGUCCAAGCCAAAGCAGCCAGGAGAGCAGAAGGGAGAAGAAACAGGAGGAAAGCGUGGACAGAGUCGCCAGGUCAAGGAGCCUAGGCACAUGGGAACUAGGCCAAGCUCGGGUGGUUCGUCCCGCAGACUUCAGCACCACGGCUCAAGAGGCCACCUUGAAGUGAAGAGGAGGGCGAGCUUACCUCCCGACAGAGACAGAAGGAGGCACAAGCCCGAGUCUACCCCAGGAAAACAACACUGGGAAAGAGAUUCCCAUUCCAAGCACACAGGACAGCGCGUCAAGGACAGAAGGUCCCACCCAAGGUCUCCUGUGAGGCCAAUCAAGCGCAGACGGUCUGGAGACACCACUGCAGCUGCAAACAACUCUCCCAAGAGGCGCACACAACAUUUUCCAGAAGCCGGCUCUUCCAGGACACCCUCACCGCUGUCCAGAGUCAUGGCCCGCAUGGGUGCCUUGGAGGUGGCCCUGGAAGAACUGCGGGCCCCAGGCGGGGCCUUCCUGGCUGAGCCCUCGAGCAGCAGGGAGCCCGGGGUCUCACAGCGGGCAUGGCUGUCUUGGCAGCUGUCGCAUGCCGGGGCAGCGCUGCACUGGACGAUGCACACAGUCAAUGCCAUCUUGGCUGAGAGGCUUGGCUUCCCAGAUAUCCAGGGCCUUGGGCCGAACUGAGCGGAGCCCUGCCGAGCCCUGCCGAGUCCUGCCGAGCCCUGCCGAGCCCUACCGAGC